AUGAACUUCCUUCGAAACCGUUUGCCGGCGCCCAGGCAAGACUUGCUUUCCAAGCAAGCCCGCCAACAGGGAACCACAGACUCAGCCUUCCUACCUUCGCGAAUCUCCGAACUCUCCAAGGAGUCUCCGAGCUGGUACAAGUCGGCAGCUCGACGACAGCUCUACUUUUUACUAUUCCCAGCUUGUGUUGUAUCCUAUGCAACAUCUGGAUAUGAUGGAAGUAUGAUGAACUCCUUGCAGACUGUCUCGUACUGGGAUGACUUCUUUGACAACCCACGAGGGUCUCAGCUCGGACUUAUGAGCGCCAUCAUGGCUCUUGGAAGUAUUUGCUCCACUCCUAUUGCUCCUUGGGUUGCCGAUAAAUUCGGUAGAAGAUGGGGAAUCACUGUUGGUAGCAUCAUCAUGAUUGCGGGUGCUAUCAUCCAGUGUGAGAGUGUCAACUUUGCCAUGUUCGUCAUUAGUCGAUUCAUCUUGGGUUUCGGUCUCUCGUUUGCAACAACUGCAUCUCCGAGUAUGGUCAGUGAGCUCUCUCAUCCGAGGGACAGAGUCACAAUCACUGCUAUCUGCAACACCUGUAUCAUCCAACUGUCGACUAUCUGGUUCCUUCCCGAGUCACCCCGAUGGCUCAUCUCGAACGACCGCGGUGACGAAGCCCUUGAGGCCCUUACACAAUAUCAUGGAGAGGGUGUGCGAACUGAGCUGGUAGAGUUGGAGUACGAGGAGAUCCGGGCGGCUAUCGAACAAGAGAAACUAUCCGGUAACACAACUUGGAAGUCCAUGGUCAGCACCAAAGGUAACCGCUAUCGAAUGUUCCUUGUCAUCUGCAUGGGUCUGAUGUCUCAAUGGUCUGGCAACGGACUCAUCUCUUACUAUCUCUCCCGAGUCAUGGAUACGGUCGGAAUUACGGAUAAGAAAACCCAGGCUCUCGUCAACGGCCUCAUCAACAUCUGGAACUGGGGUCUCGCCCUAACCAGCGCCAUGUUCGUCGAUCGCGUCGGCCGCCGCCCGCUCUUCCGAAUUUCCACAAUUGGUAUGCUCUUGGUCUUUACCGGAUGGACCAUUGCCUCGGCACGUUUUGCAGAAACAGAAGCCAAGUCUGCGGGUGUUGCCGUCAUGGCCCUCAUUUUCGUCUACGAAAUCUUCUACUGCAUGGCCUUUUCUCCUCUUCCCGUUGCAUACUCUGUCGAGAUUCUUCCAUACUCGAUCCGUGCCAAAGGAAUGGGUGUUUACGUACUGGCAACAAAAUGCGCUGUCUUUGUGAACCAAUACGUCAACCCAGUUGGCCUGGAAAAUAUUGGAUGGAGAUACUACAUUGUCUACGUUGCGGUUCUGGUUGUGGAAAGCUUCAUCGCAUAUGGCUGGUUCCUUGAGACCAAAGGCAAAGCUUUGGAAGAAAUUGCUGUUAUCUUUGACGGAGAUGCUGCGGAUGUUACUAGGGAUAGCACUAUCAAGUCGCAGGGAUUUGUUAGUGAGAUGCCUGCUACCUCUGAGCACGAGGACAUUGAUAGAAAGGUCUAA